CUGCUACAACAGCGAACGAUUGAGUUGUAAUUCUUUCAUAUGGGGUCCAUUGGCAAAAUUGGUUUCCUUGGCGGUGGCAAUAUAGGCAAAGCCUUGGCCAAUGGCUUCAUUUCUGCAGGUCUGACCAAGCCCAGCGGCAUCAUUGCCAGCGUUCAUCCGGCCGAUAAGCAAUCACUGCAAUCCUUUCAAGCGUUGGGCAUUGAAACGCUCGUGGAGAACGCACCCGUUGUGCAGAAAUCGGAUAUUGUGUUUGUGUCCGUUAAGCCACAAGUGGUGCCAAAAGUGCUGGCUGAGAUCAAACCGUUGAGCGACAAUAAGCUCUUCCUUUCCGUAGCCAUGGGCGUCACUUUGAAGAGCCUUGAAUCGAGUUUAUCGCCACAGUCGCGAGUAAUCCGCGUCAUGCCCAAUACACCGGCUCUGGUCCGUUCCGGCUGUUCGGUUUAUGUGCGCGGCAGCAAGGCUAACGAUUCGGAUGCACAGAUUACCCAGAGACUGCUCGAGGCCGUCGGCACCUGCGAGAUGUGUGACGAGUCCCAGCUGGACAUUGUGACAGCACUGAGUGGUAGUGGACCCGCCUAUGUGUUUGUCAUGAUCGAAGCACUGGCCGAUGGCGCCGUUCACAUGGGCAUGCCCCGAGAUCUGGCCUAUCGCCUCGCCGCCCAGACAGUCCUCGGCGCUGGACAAAUGGUGCGCGACACCGCUACACAUCCCGGCCUGCUAAAAGACAGAGUCACCAGUCCGGCUGGCUCAACGGCAGCGGCCUUAAGGCAUCUGGAGCAAUCAGGUUUUCGUUCAGCCGUCGCUGGAGCUGUCGAGACGGCAACGCUGCGCUGUCGUCAGAUCUCCGACAAUCAGACAUAAACAUUAUAUAUUAUAAGACAUACAUAUAUAAAUAGACAGCCGUUAAUACAUUUUAUGUUUUUGUUUAUAUUUUCGUGAUUAUUAAAGUUUUCUACACAA